AUAAUAGUCCUUCAGCUCUGAGCCUAUAAACAAGCCCUUUUAUUCUUCUCUUAACACUUAACGCCUUUGACUCCAGUUGAUUAUGGGAGCUGCCUACAGCGCUGGACAGGUGGACCACCUCUACAACUUCUUUGUGGAAUGCUCACCAGAUGUGUACAUCAAAAAGAAGAAGAAGCACUGCAAGUCUUGUCUCAGCAAGAAGAAAGAUCCCAACAGUUAUAUAAAGGACGAGGACAUGACUGCAGAAAAAGGUCGCCGUACUUCAAAAAACUGGGAGAUAAUCUCAGCGAAGGAGAAGAGUUACCUGAGUCGAUGCGGCUCAGUGGAAUCUGAACCAGAAGAAAAUGAAUACGAGGAUGAAGAGGACUUCCCUGUCCUGAGCGAUGAGAGCCAGUUGCUCAAUGACUAUCAGCUGCAGAAGCUUGCUGCUCACAUGCCUGCACGGACUCAGGGCUACCAGUGGAAUCUGGUUUACAGCACAGCCGUCAGGUGGCUUUGCCCUGUGGCUGGAUGCUGAUUUGUACCAUGGAGCAAGUUUUUCCUGCCCUACUUUUCACAACGCACCUCUGUCCACACAUGAAGACUUCAUUGUACAAGACAUUGAAGUCUGGACUGUCCUGAACUGAACAACCCUCUUCUUUUGUCUGCUCCCUUUAUCAGGGCUCGCCACAGAGAGCUAACUCACAGUGCAGAUCUGGCAGUUGGUUUUUAAUGUCGGAUGUCCUUCCUGACACAACCACUGACCACCAUGCUACCACAGCCCACAUGUGUGGAGGCCACCAUCAUGGGCACCUGGGGGAACAGUCCCCGCUCAAGGGCAAAGAGUGGAGCAAAGGAGGGCGGAAGAAGGUGUGGGUGCUUUAUCUUCUUUUCCACCCACAGUUGUAAUGCAAUACUUUUGAGAUUUGAUCCGACCAUCCAUUGCUGACCUUCUCUAACCUCUGCGCCAUCACUCCAUUGAAACUGUCCUUUCUGGAGUCGCUAACAUCCAAAAACUGUUUGCAGUUUAGCCACUGCUUUAUCCCGUCGUGUCUGCUGUUAUUUCCUGCAGAUUAGUCCUCGUACAGCACCGAGCCUUUUGAACCGGACCGGGACUGUUGCUUGGUUGAGCUGUGACUGUUAGAAACACGAGGCCACAAAAAGUCCUGUGAUUCAGGUUCCUGCUGCUCUGAACACUACUGGACUCUGGGACUGAGGUGAUUGUGUUGUAGUUUGAUUAUGAAGAGAAUUAUGACACAACAUUCACUAAUUAUAGUUAUGUCAUUAUGACACAACUAUCACUGCAGUUUCUGCAUCUGUAAAAGAUGCAGAAACUAUAAGCUCCUUUCAGGUGUAAACAUUUGAUUCAGUUGUAUUUAUUGUGAAACAGGCAGAAAUAUUUGUGAAAAUGAGACCAUUUUUAAGACUUUUAUCCAAACCAAACCAUAAGAGGUUUGGUUUGGAUUCUAACUCCAUUUAAAAACUACAUCUGUGAGUGAACACCUAAACAAGAGAAACAAAGCAGAAGUUUACAGUUAACAGUUUUCUGUAAAAUGGGAGAUGAGGAAGUGACCAUGGUUAUUAACGGUCUGCUCUGUUUUGUGUAAAUGGAUUUGCGUGUCAGUUUGUAAUUGUUUUAAAAAAACAAAAACGUUUGUUUUUUUUAUGUUUUUUUUUCAUUUUAUGUUUGUUAAAAGAGUUAAAGGAAAUUUUGUAACUGAUUAACUGAAUAUUAGAUGCAGUAGAAUAAGAGUUUGCGUGUGUGUGUUAUCAUGUGUUCUUUCUUUUAGCCUAAACAAAAAUGAGUUACGUUCUAUGUCUGAUGUAAAAGGUAACACCUCCAGGGGUGUAACCAGGAAGAGAAAUACAUUAUAAGCUCUGUUCAUUAUUAAAGUAAAAAGAAGUUGUCAGAGUGUUACAGAGUCUCUGCUCAGAGCAGGGCAGCUGUGAUUUGUUUUGUUCCAGCCCAAGGCCUUAUGGUGAGGCCUGUGCUGCAGUUGCUGUAUGAACCUGAUUGGAGUGAAAAGAUUGAUAAUAAAGUUUUAAGAAGAUUCCA